CACAGCCUGAACCCUGCAGGAGCAAAGCUGAACAUCAACAUCUUCUGACUCCUCUGGUCCAUCCCAACCACUGCAGUCAUGAAUGUAGGUAUCUGUGUGUGUGUUCUCCUGGCUGCUUUAUCCAGUGGUUCCCUGAGUCUGCCCUCACAUGCCAUGUCACAGAGAGCUGAGGGUGAGGUCCUGGCCACAGACAGCCUGCCUCCACACCACACACGUCAGGCCCGCUCAGCCCCAGCGCCCCCCUCAGGGCAGCUAGCCAGCUACAACCAGCCCCAGGCGGACGCAGACGCUCGAAACAGCCUGAGCCAGCUACUGGCCAGACUCAUCUCCAGGAAAGGCUCUCCAUACCAGACCAGAUCCUCCCUCACCAGCAGAGCCAGCGGUCUUGCCCCCAGCCAUAGGAUAAAGGACAGAGAUUACCUUGGCUGGAUGGACUUUGGACGACGCAGUGCAGAGGAGUAUGAGUACUCCUCCUAAAGGCGUGGCUUGCUUUCGCCCAAACCUGAGUUACAACCCACAACAACCCCCCCACCCCCCCAAAAAAUGUCAAAGAAUUACGAGCCCUUUUCACACUGCACUUACUGUAACCAAGGGCUGACUUGACUGAUCCUAGAAUGAGUUUAGCAUCAUUACAUAGAAGCAGAGAGGAGGAAGAUCCUGCAAUCCAUGCUGACGCUAAGAGCACUUUCCAAACCGCUCCUCACAGUGUGUCACAAUUAUAUUCAAGCACAAAAUUUAAAGGAUAAGGCCUCUGUAUUGUUUUUACUGUCAGGAAAUCAAAUGGAGAAAUCAAAACCAACAGUGUGUUAGUCCGUCUCUCAACACCUUCUGAAUUCUCUACUCGCUCUGUGGCUCUCAGCCUCGAGCCUGUUUGUUUCUAUUGAAGGCACAGAUGAUUAAAAAAUGCUCACAAAUAUAUACUUUCAUUUUUGCAAGCACUCAGUCAUUUAGUAAGAGCUGUAGGUUUUAGCAAAUGCUAUUCAAAAAGGGGACUAUUUUCUGAUGCAGAUUAACACAGAGUUGAUGCUCUAGUGAGUGUCCCAGCAGCAGCGGGGUGUUUGAGUGGUUGAGUGAAAAUAUGCGUUUUCAUGGUGAUGAAGGAACAUGUCAGCCAGUGCAACAGUGUGGCUCACCGAUGUGUUUUAGUAGUUUGUGGACAGCAAUGGAGGCCUAUGGCACAGGUAAUACUCAUUUGACCAUUCAGCUCAUUGUUGGUACUGGUCUCCAUGAGAUUUUGUUGACAGUAAGAAAAAUCUAGAAUAUCAGCAGGACUAUCCUAUAAGACCAACAGGGGUCAAACACAAGGUAAGUUAGCUUUUACUGCUUUACAGCUCAACAGAUAUUUGCUCUUUGACAACACUGAGCAAAUUUAUAUUUUCUGAAUUGACAUAAUUUCAGCAGAUGUUGAACAGAAAAGAACUCACCAUGAACAAACACACCGAAAAAACCUGCUCAUUUAAAUACAACAUUCAGUCUCAUUCCAAUGAGGAACUAGUUUCUUAGGCUCCAAAUUUAAUGUCACUCGAAGUAGCGUUCAAGACAUUUUACUAACAAUUGAAAAUGUUUUGAAGCCCUUCUAUUGGACCUUAAUGAGCCACUUAGGGGUCUUCAGCAAACUGGACCAAAAGUGGGAUUUAAUCAUGUGUCUUUGAUUGGAACCUUAAUGCACCCAGCUAACGGCAGCCCAGAUCCUCAGUUCACUUCAACUUCACCCAAGUUCACGGUAAAAAAGUCUUUUCAUAUCAGACCAUGUGCAAGUAAAGACUACAGCAGUGUGAAAAUGACAUUAAAAAUGUAGCAGAGGUUAAUUUUACAGCAGUGGCAUGGAGUCAGUAGUAGUCAGAAGAAAGGAGGCUGACGCAACAGCAACUUUUCACCCCAAACCCCGCCUGCUGAAGGUAACCCUGGGCUAAAAACGUGCAGUGUGAAAAGCACAAGGUGUUGUGUACAUGAGAUGCUUGGGAGUCUCCCUAUCAUUGCAUAAUGGCCCUCCAUGGCAGAUGCAUUAAAAUCAGGAUUACAAGUACUGCAUACAUGAAUAGAAGAGUGUUUUUGUUCUUUUUAAAAGAUUAUUAUAUAUGUAUGUAUGUAUGCACUCUUAAAGGUUAAGUCCCUGUAACAGAUAAUAUGUUUCUACCAACUUUCAGAUUCAAUAAAAUUCAAAAUAAAGCUCCAGCGUCCUCCGAUGUCACAGAGAAAUGAAUUCGUUUGGCAUUAUGUUUGCACAGUUGGUGGGCUGAUCCCAAGCAUUUUAUGUAGCUGCUGCCUGCAUUCAGGGGUGUACAACAGAGAGAAAUGCUGGACGUCUGUCUGUGGGUGUCCUUCCACAUGAGCAUUUGGUGCAAUUCACCAGGGCUUCUUAGACUGUAUGAUAGCCAGGACAUUACCAUUAAUGUCUAUUGCAGACAUAGAUCAGGCAUUCCCAGGAUUAGCACUUGGAAUAAUGAGCCAGUUGCCUGACAGGGAGUUAAUUGAAAACUAGGUUGAACACUGUUUUAGAACUGGCUCUGAAAUUUCAAUUAGCUUUAUAUUAUACACGAGAUUAAUGUCAGACAUCUGUGUUAGGAGCUAUUGACUGCACAGAAGCUGCUGUAAAGAACAACGUGAUAGUCUGUCCCUCUGGGAAAUGAAACUAAGCUUUGAUACGCUGCAGAAAGUCAGGGGACACUUCUUAUCUUACUGUGGACUUCAAAAAUGACCAGGUUUUAACACAUACUGUAACUCAAUGCCUCCAGGUGAAUUAAAUCAAAUGCUAAUAAGUGGAACAUAAACCUGAAUGCACCCAGUUGUAGAGAAAAUAUAAUCAAAUCAAACCUUUUAGUUUGGAAAUAAAACUUGUCUCCAGAAAAAAGAUGAUGAUCGGGUAUCUGAUGUAAAUUUGUAAAAUGGAUAUGAAGCAAUAUAAAUGUAUGUGUAUAUGAUUUUUGAUGAAAACGUUGUUUGUGAUUUAUCAAUCACUCUGGGAAUGAAUAAAAUACUACAAUGAC